AUGGAUCACCUGACUGCGCUCUUCCAGGAGAUGUGGCGUCAAGGUGAAGUCCCGCAAGAUUUCAAGGACGCAACAAUCGUGCACCUAUACAAGCGAAAAGGGAAUCGCCAAGUCUGCGACAAUCACCGUGGCAUCUACUUGCUGAAUUUCGCCGGAAAGAUCUUCGCUCGCAUCCUUCUCAACCGUCUCAAUAACCACCUGGAACAAGGCCUUCUGCCGGAAAGCCAGUGCGGCUUCCGUCGUCAUCGGGGGACCACGGAUAUGAUCUUCGCCGUCCGCCAACUUCAGGAGAAGUGUCAGGAGAUGCGGAACCACCUGUACUCUACCUUCGUGGACCUGACAAAAGCCUUCGACACGAUGAAUCGUGAAGGACUGUGGAAGAUCAUGCAGAAAUUCGGCUGUCCAGAGCGAUUCACUCAGAUGGUGCGUCAGCUGCACGACGGUAUGAUGGCGCGAGUCACGGACAACGGAGCUGUCUCAGAGGCAUUCGCAGUGACUAACGGAGUGAAACAGGGAUGCGUGCUGGCACCAACCCCCUUCAGUCUUAUGUUCUCUGCCAUGCUGAUGGACGCCUACCGCGACGAACGUCCCGGGAUUCGCAUCGCCUACAGGACGGACGGUCACCUCUUGAAUCAACGGCGGAUGCACUUCCAAUCAUGCGUAUCCACAACAACCGUUCACGAACUCCUCUUCGCCGACGACUGCGCCCUGAACACCACCUCAGAAGAGGAGAUGCAACGGAGCAUGGACCUGUUCUCCGCCGCCUGCGAGAACUUCGGUCUGGUCAUUAACACGCAGAAGACGGUGGUGAUGCACCAACCGCCACCCAACUCAGCCACAGCCCCCAACGCGCCGCCGCAAAUCAGCGUGAAUGGGACCCUACUGCAAGUGGUGGAGAACUUCCCGUACCUGGGCAGUACUCUCUCCCGCACCACCAAGAUUGAUGAUGAAGUUGCCAACAGGAUCUCGAAAGCCAGUCAAGCCUUUGGUCGUCUCCAAAGCACAGUUUGGAAUCGUCACGGUCUCCAACUGAGCACGAAGCUGAAGAUGUACAAGGCCGUUAUCCUGCCGACGCUACUGUACGGAGCAGAGACCUGGACGGUGUACACGAGGCAGGCACGCCGUCUGAACCACUUCCACCUCAGUUGUCUUCGUCGCAUCCUGCGGCUGAACUGGCAGGAUCGCAUCCCCGACACUGAUGUGCUGGAACGAACGGGAAUGCUCAGCAUCUACUCCAUGUUGAGACAAAUGCAGCUGCGCUUGAGCGGCCACUUGGUGCGCAUGGACGACGAGCGACUACCCAAACGACUCUUCUACGGAGACGUAGCGACGGGUUCUCGUCGUCAAGGAGGCCCAAUUCGUCGAUACAAGGAUACCCUGAAGUCCUCCCUGAAGCUACUGCAAAUCAACCCGACCAACUGGGAAGAGCUCGCCUGCGAUCGACCGGCAUGGAGGAGAACAGUGAAGACGGGCGCUGCUAUCCACGAAGCCAACCCCAUCGCCGCCGCCAAAGCGAAACGCGAAGCCCGCAAAUCACAACUGCGCCUAGUCAGCAACGCUGCCGCACAACUGCUUCCAACGUGUCCUCGAUGUAAGCGGACAUUCCGGGCUCGAAUCGGCCUUGUUGGACAUCUUCGGAUCAACUGUACCUCUCGAACUGCACCAAACUUCAUCCCCCCGCCCGCGUCAUCCUCGUCCUCUCUGCCGCCGAAUAACUCUGUGAAUUCUUCUGCACCACCACUUCCACCCCCCUCAUCCUCCUCCUCCUCCUCCUCCACCACCACCACCACCACCACCACUGCCCCAACGGCGGCCGCUCAGGCAGCCGUCUCGCACAUCUCCGACCGCGACACAACAACCGGCACCACCCCCGCCUCUCCUGACUCCAGCAAUGAGAAUCAGGACUACACCUGUCCUCACUGA